GGUACAAAGGUUGAGAUAGAUUCAUUGAAGAGUAGGCACACGUAGGAUGAAGUAGGGAGGUGAUGGUCCCACUGAACUCGUGGGCUGCCAGUGAUAGGUGGCAAUUUGUGAAUUCAUCCCAUCACCGCGGCCGUCAUCAGAAAGCUCAAACGUGCCGCAACAACCGUAUUCGCAGUCACCCUGUUCCUUCUGGUCAGACUACUUAUCCAUGACGUUUGGCUGCUCUUGAGGUGCCAGUUUUGGCACCUCCAGUUGGCCCAGCCUCCACCCAAGACACCUUGGAUGGGCGGGACGCCCCCGUGUGAUUGUCAGGUGUUAUUUCCACAGUCGUGGUUUUCGUUACCCUGAUGAUCAGACGUUGUGGGGGAUUAUUCGUAUGUGGCUCCAUAUGCUCGAUCAGAGGGGAGGUAUGUGAAGAACGCGGCCAAUGCUGUUGACAGUAUGUUGACC